AUGUUCGAGGGCUGCCGGCGGGCGCGGAGCCUCUGGGGCGGCGUGAGGCUGGAGGUGGCCGGGGAGAGCAGCCCGGUGGUGCUGCACAGCUUCACCCAGCUCGACCCCGACCUGCCGCCGCUGGAGAGCUCCACACAGGAGAUCGGAGAAGAGCUGGAGGAUGGUGUGAUCUACAGCAUAUCACUCCGGAAAGUGCAGCUCCAUCACACAGCCAACAAAGGGCAGCGGUGGCUGGGGUUUGAGAAUGAGUCAGCCUUAAACCUCUACGAGACAUGUAAGGUGCGGACAAUAAAAGCUGGGACCUUGGAGAAGCUGGUGGAGUACCUGGUCUCAGCCUUCAAGGGCAAUGACUCCACCUACGUCACCAUCUUCCUGUGCACUUACCGGGCCUUCGCCACCACCAAGCAAGUGCUGGACCUGCUGCUUAACAGGUACGGCAAACUCCACGUGCAGGCAAAUGGGGACCACGCCAGGCACGCUGUGGACGAGAGGAUGGAGCUGAAGAACACCAUCUCCUCCAUCCUGGGCGCCUGGCUGGACCAGUACUCGGAGGAUUUCCGCAAGCCCCCAGACUUCACCUGCCUCAAGCAGCUCAUCUCCUACGUGCGCCACAACAUCCCCGGCUCGGACCUGGAGCGCCGAGCCCGCAUCCUGCUGGCCCAGUUCCAGCAGCAAGAGCAGAGCGAGUCCAAAGCAGAAGCUGUGGACCACGGCAGCUGCACCUUCCAGCUGGUGGAGGAGAACGGGGUCGGGGACGGGAAGCCGGAUUUCCUCUCCUUCUCCCCAGAGAUGGUGGCAGAACAGUUCACGCUGAUGGAUGCUGAGCUGUUUAAGAAAGUGGUGCCUUACCACUGCCUGGGCUGCAUCUGGUCCCAGCGGGACAAGAAGGGCAAAGAGCACUUGGCGCCCACCAUCCGUGCCACGGUCUUGCAGUUCAAUAGCGUGGCCAACUGUGUCAUCGCCACGUGUCUCGGAGACCGGUCCCUGAAGCCGCAGCAGAGGGCUAAAGUGGUGGAGCGGUGGAUCGAAGUGGCUCGGGAGUGCCGCAUCCUGAAGAACUUCUCCUCCCUCCGAGCCAUCCUCUCAGCUCUGCAGUGCAAUGCCGUUCACCGUCUGAAGAAGACCUGGGAUGAGGUCCUACGGGAGAGCUUCCGCACUUUCCAUGAGCUCUCAGAGAUCUUCUCCGAUGAGAACAACCACUCGCUGAGCCGGGAGCUUCUCAUUAAGGAGGGCACGUCCAAAUUCGCCACCUUGGAGAUCAACCCGAAGAGGGCUCAGAAGCGGCAGCAGCAGCAGCGAGAGAUGGGCGUGAUGCAGGGCACCAUUCCCUACCUUGGCACCUUCCUCACGGACCUGGUGAUGCUCGACACUGCCAUGAAGGAUUUCCUGGACGGCGGGCUGAUCAACUUUGAGAAAAGAAGGAAGGAGUUUGAAGUCAUCGCCCAGAUCAAGCUGCUUCAGUCAGCCUGCAACAACUAUAGUUUCACACAGGAGGACCAGUUCGUGGACUGGUUCCACAGCCUGGAGCGGCUCAGCGAGGCGGAGAGCUACGGGCUGUCGUGCGAGAUCGAGCCGCUGUCGGAGUCAGCCAGCAACACGUUGAAGGCGAAGAAAAACACGGGCAUCAUCAAGCGAUGGAGCGACCGGCAGCCGCCGAGCACCGAGCCCUGCGCCAGCGGCAGCUCCCACUCAAAAUCCUUCGACCAGCUCAAGUGCGGGCAGUACCUGUGCAGCGGGGAUGCCACCGACUCGGUGAGCGUCACCUCCGCCGGCUCCAGCAGCUCCGACGUGGAGGAGAUCAACAUCAGCUUCAUCCCCGAGUCCCCCGACUGCCAGGAGAAGAAGUUCUGGGAAUCCACCUCCCUCUCCUCCCUGGACACGUCGGGCAUCGGCUCGGGCUCCAGCAGUGCCUCGUCCUCUUCUGUCUCCUCCACGCCGGUGACGGCCUCCCGUACCCACAAGCGCUCGGUCUCUGGCAUCUCCAGCUACUCUUCCCUCUCGCUGCCCCUCUACAACCAGCAGGUCGACGACUGCUGCAUCAUCCGCGUCAGCCUGGCUGUGGACAACGGCAACAUGUACAAGAGCAUCCUGGUGACGAGCCAGGAUAAGACCCCAGUCGUUAUUCGCAAAGCCAUGGCCAAACACAACUUGGACGGGGACCGGCCUGAAGACUAUGAGCUCGUUCAGAUCAUCUCGGAGGAGAGAGAGCUGAAGAUCCCCGACAACGCCAAUGUCUUCUACGCCAUGAACUCCGCCGCCAACUAUGACUUUGUGCUCAAGAAGCGGGGCUUCUCCAAGGGGGUGAAGAUCAAGCACGGCUCCAGCUCCACCCUGCCCAGGAUGAAGCAGAAAGGCCUGAAGAUCGCCAAAGGCAUCUUCUAGCCUCAGCCCCACUGCCACCCAUCACCGACGGGGCCUUGGGGGCAGGCUGCUCCAGGCUUGGCUGCGGCCGGUCCUUGUGCCGCCCAGCACGGCGAGAGGAGCGACCCUCGCCCACAGGGGACGGCCGGGCAUCUCCCUCCCGCACCGAGAGCUGGGGCGCUUUGGCAACCAGUGUCGGCUUCCGCCUCUCUCUGCACAAGCCCCCGUUUCAAUCAGGUCUUUUUUUCUACACAGGAAGGCAGCGGGGGGAGAGAGCUGGGGGUUUUUUGGGUUUGUUUUUGGUUUUUUGUUUUUUUUUUUUUUUUAAACCUUCCACGGUGCGACACUAGUUCAGCCACCGGCCAGCCCAGAGCUGGAGCCCGCCUCUGCCGUAGGUGCCUUGUGUCCGAGCAAGCCGGGGAGCAGUGGCUCGCAGAGGGGCUGUUUGCAAGGAGCAGAGCACGAGCCAUCACCCCGGGGCUGCAAAGCCUCCCACAUGGUGGGUUGCUCUCCUUCCCAGCUUUCCUGGCAUUGUUUUACCUCCACGUCCUUCCUCCCUGGGAUAACUGGUAUCGCCAACGCCGCGCAUCUCUGCCUGUCCUUCCCUUGGGAGAAGCUGUGGACGCCCCAGGCUGGGAGGCGAGCUGGAAAGAAUGCAGCCCCGCACCGGUGCUCGGAGCCCCAUGGAGGAGGGCUGUGUCCGUGCAGUGAUGGAGCAGGCGCCUCGUGCUCUCGCCAACUGGAAGCUUGUGUGGUCUCGCUCCUCUCCCCGAUCCAGCGCAUCCUCCAGCUAGACUUCGACAGCCCGUGUUCAAACUUGCACCAAAGAUCAAACGCCAGUGUCUCUUCUACCGUCGGGGGAAGCUUUGCGCCGUGCCCCUAGCGCUGCCAGCCCAACGAGGAGGAGGAGGAGAGCAAAUUUCUGUCUGAACUUGUGUAAAUAGAGACCUUGGGUCUGCGCGGGUGGGUGAGAAGCCGGAGAGCUCAGGGUGCUCCAGGUGCCCCGGCUGCCACCGCCUGACCCACAGAAAGUGCCACUCACCUUGGGCUUUAACCGGACUUUUUCAAACACUGACCAUGGGAGAAGCAGCAAUGAGACUUUUUUUGUAUAAAACAAGAAAGUUUACUGAUUUUUUUUUUUCUUUUUUCCUUCAGUAUUUAUUGGUUGUAAAUAGAAGAGAUGAACUUGUACAUUUUACUAAUCCAGCCUCCCCCUGCCCUGCAGCCCAGUCCCUCUCCUCUCCCCACCCUGGUAUUUAAGGCUGCUGGGAGGGACGUUGGCAGCAGCAGCAUCGCUGUGCCGUGCUCGUGGGGCACAGACCCCGCCAGCCACCCCCUCCCUUGUUUCUCUACCACUAGUUGCUUGAGCAGAGGCAGAGAUGCUUGUUUAAUCAUUGUAGGAAACACUAACCAAAGGCGGACCUUUUUUUGCUCCUGGCUCCAUCUCUUUUUUUUUUUUAAGCGCUUCCUUCCAGCACAUCCAUUCUGUUUCCCAUCCGUCGGUGCUGCCGGGCGGGUGCAGCGCCUUCCCCAGCUCCAGGAGAGGGGCCGGGGCGGCGCCUGGGGAUGCAGCAACACUGCACGGCCACGCUCGGGGGGCCGGGGCUGGUGGCAGGCAGGAGCUGGGCUGUGGGCCCCUGGCACCAGGUGGGGAAGAGGCUGCUUGGGUGCGAGCAUGUCCCCUCACCCGUCGCUGCACAUGAUGGGAGCCCCUGGCUCCUUGACGCAGGGGCAGCCUCCUGCCUCCCCCCCUGCCCAAAGCCCAUCCCCUGCCCCUGGGCACCAGCGCCCCAGGGUCUUCCCUCUGCUCCGUGCCUGCCAGCUCCUGCCCACCCUGGGACCGUGCUGGCCCCCGAUGUCCCCUGCCAUCCCCCUCCCCUCCCGCAGGUGUCCCCCAGCAGCCCAGCGCCACCGGAGGGAC